AUGAAUUCUUAUGAAUGGUUAUAUGUCACUAAAAAUAUCAGUGGAUCACUUGCUGCUUGUCCUGCAAAAUGGCUUCAUCAUGGACCUUCGUGUUAUUAUAUCAGUACCGAUGAACUCGACUGGUCAACAGCAAGAGAUAUUUGCCAAGAAUUUGAAGGUGGUUACUUAGCUGAAGUAGAAACUAAAGACGAGUCCGAUUAUUUAGAAACUGUCACGCUACCAACGCAUAGAGGUUUUUGGUUAGGAGGAAAAGAUGAAGUUGAAGGACAUUGGAAAUGGAUGACCAGUGGCAAAGAUUUUACCUACACUGACUGGAGUCCUAAUGAACCAAAUGAUUUAAACCAUAAUGAGGAUUGUUUACAUUUAUUUCAAGCACGAAGUCAACAUUGGAAUGACAUAGAUUGUUCGAUCAAACAAAACUAUAUUUGUGAAACAAGAUAUAACAAUGGAGGACCAUUAAACCCAGAAAUGGGUUCAGCUGGCAAAAAAUGAUUAAAUGGCUAUGUUUAUAAUUAG